AUAAUUGAAAUGGAAAAUCCUUCGUUAUUUAUGGUGGAGGAGCGAGCUAAAACAUUUAAAAAUUGGCCAUUUAGUGACAAAGAUCGGUGUAAUAUCCGUAACAUGGCAGAGGCUGGAUUCUACUCCGUUGCUACUGGAGUCGAAGAUGCUGAUGCUGCUAAAUGUUUCCUAUGUGGUAAGGAGUUGGAUGGUUGGGAGUCGACUGAUGAUCCGUGGGAAGAACACAAGAGUCAUGCAGCGAGAUGUGCAUUUGUUCAACUCGGGAAAAAGGAAGACGAUUUAUUGCUUCCAGAGUAUCUGUCCAUAGUCAAACAAUAUAUGAUAAAUGAUAUUAAGCGAAUGGCAGAUCUUGCCAAGGAAGACAUUGCUGACAAAGAAGAAGAAGUAAGACGACGGUGUUCUGGACGAAAGUAACCACAUUAUAUUUAACCACUCUAAAAAUAUAAUUCUGUAUAUACUCUUUCAUACUAAACUUUCUUCUUUGUGUUUUAAUUAAAAUUGUUUGAAGUGAAUUUUUCCUAUCAACAUUGUAAAUUAUAAUUUUUGUGAAUAAUCAUGAUCAUGAAAUUUCAUCUGUCUCUGUGACUGAAAGUAAAAUAUAAGCUUAGAUCAUAAUUUAAAUAGUUAAUUUUACUUA